UUUAUAUAACAUUUAACGAAUAUAACAUAAUUCAUGAAUUCUGAUUUCACAACGAUGUGCUCGGUAUGGAAAUUUGAGGCAUCUAUAACGCAACUGUGAAGAAUUGACUGAAAGACAGCAAAGCCAGAACACCCUGUUUCAUAAAAUACAUGUAUAUACUUUAUCAAAAAGUAAUCUGUGUAAAUGCUUUUCAUUACCAAGACGCGCAUUUAUCUAAACAUGGUUUCGAAGCAUAAACAGUAGAAGUAUCGGGGGUAGAAAUGGUUACAGAAGGUGGCCUUGAUUAAAAUGUACAAUCAACUAAGGGAGGAUUUUCCAAUCGAAAUUGCAAAGGCAAAACAGUUUGAUUUCGAAGCUAUGAAAUUUGCCGUUCGGCAUGGUGCAGACGUGAAUAUCAAUGACGCUGAUGGGAAAACGCCACUGCAUCAUGUCCUGUCAUCCCCUGACUGCAGUGCUGAAGUUGUCCAAUUUCUUUUAGAACUUGGCGCAGAUGUAAACAAAGUUGACACUAAUGGCAACACACCUUUUAUGAUGUCAAUUUUAAGAAAGGAAGAGGAGUCUGACUAUAAAAAGCAGUGCUGUAUUAAAUAUCUAACUGAGACUAAUGCCACCGUACCUAUUUACAAAUCGCCGACACAUUCGAAUGAAAUCAUAAGAAAAUUGUUGUAUUUCAAUCCACGUGCUGAUAUUCAAAGUGAUGUAUUGAACCUGGCAUUAAGAAUAUACCAGAAUUCACUUGUCUUGCCCCCAGACCCUGCAUUUUCGUUGUUUGCGGUAUUGUUAGAACUUGGGUUUGACAAUCUAGACAAAACUAAACUAGAACAUCGUUGCGUUGGAAUACGGAAUUAUUACAACAUGUUCAUCCACAAGCCCAUGUCACUGCAAUCUUUAUGUUGCCUUAGAAUUCGGAGGACUUUUCCCGGCUUCGCGUUGCACCGAUUUGUACGUAUGUUACAAAUUCCUAAAGGUAUACAAGAUCUGAUUCUCUGUGAAAAGACAAUCAAACGGUUAUUAUUGUAGGUAAAAUCUAGAGCAAGAAUUUAAUCAUGUGUUUUGGUCCAUGGGCCAAGGCCAAACAAAUUGAAAGUCGUAACCCAGAAAUUAGGCAAAGGUUGAGCUAUACCAUGAUGUUAUACUAUCAUUCAGGAAACUUUUAAGGGUGGAUGUCGGUCUGAGCAACAUGUCAGUAAAAUUUAAUGACGAUUUUAGAAACGUUGGUG